AGUCAGUGUGUCAACACUCAUCAAUUAGCUAUGUCAACAGUUUUUUUUUAAACUAAAUUGUUAAUGAACACAUUGAAAGGAACCAAAUCUCACCAUUAUAUAAUCAAACGUCGGGCACAAGUUAACAAAUGUACAUGAAGAACUGCUGUCAUUGUGGUAGCUAGCUAAUGUUGCUACCUAACUAGCCAAAUGAUUGUAAACUAGAUAGCUAGCGUGUCACUAUCCCAGUUUACUCUUACCGUGGAUGUGUUUUCAAACUCCCCUUGGAAUUAGUCGGAUUACGCGGAUAGGGAUUUGCGGAUAUCCAGUUGGCAACUUGGUUGUUACGUUUAGCUACUUAGUUGGAGUGCACAAAGGCUGUUGUUGUUUUAGAAUGUAACGUUAGGCCUACUAGUUAGAAAUUAGUCCAGGUCUUGUUGUACAAUCAGCGUUCUGAAUUUAUCUGCUGACACCGUCUGCAGAUGUGUUCCUGGCAUGCUUUUAUGUGGAAUGCAUGUUUUGUUGAGCUUUCCAACAGGAAAUCCAUGUGUCACCACAAUGCAUUAGUCACUAUAAAGGUAAUGUCCUUGGGGCAGUGUUAAAAAUAACUUUUGCCGAAGGAGUUCGGUAAUAUUAAUUAGAUGUGGUUUUCUUCAAGACAAAAUUCUACCAAUUUCAAAAAAUUAUCAUGGAACAAAUGUAGUUUCUAACACGAGAACAGUUAUUAGGCAUCUUUUCCUGAAGCCUUUGUAUCACUUUGCCUAAAAUAGAUUUAAGAUGAUAGUACUACGAAGCUUUCAGGACACUCCACAGAGCAUUUAGGCUGGGAGAGCAGUACUACAGAGAUGCCAUGGAGCAAUGCCAUAACUACAACGCCCGGCUAUGUGCCGAGAGGAGUGUUCGAAUGCCCUUCCUGGACUCUCAGACUGGAGUGGCGCAGAGCAACUGUUACAUUUGGAUGGAGAAGAGACACAGGGGACCAGGCGUGGCCCCAGGACAGUUGUACACCUACCCAUCCCGCAGGUGGAGGAAGAAACGACGAGCCCACCCCCCAGAAGAUCCCCGGCUCGUCUUCCCUCCUCUGAAGUCAGAGCUGGACCUGGGGUUGAAGAAGGAUUCCCUGUCAUCAUCUGAUGGCAGCAGUCUGGAGGCCCUUCUGAAGGGAGAACCCCUGGACAAGCGGGGUCCUCCGGAGCUCCGAGGGCCUGAGGAUGAGUCCAGUCUGGCAGACUACACUGAAGGGGCAGUCACCCCUGCAGCACGUGUCAGAAAGAGAGUCCUGGAGCCAGAUGACUUCCUGGAUGACUUGGAAGAUGAGGACUAUGAGGAGGACACCCCGAAAAGAAGAGGCAAAGGAAAGGGAAAGGGUCGUGGAGUGAGCAGUGCCAAGAAGAAGCUGGAUGCUGCGGCGGCUGCGCUGGAUGACAAGGACAAGCCCUAUUCCUGUGACAACACUUUGAAACAAAAGCAUAUUUCAAAACCUUCUGGACGAGUCUGUGGGAAGCGUUACAAGAACCGUCCGGGCUUGAGUUACCACUACACCCACUCCCACCUGGCUGAGGAGGAGGGAGAGGACAAGGAGGAGCCUGAGGUCCACACCCCCACUCCCCAGCCUGAGGAGCCAAAGACACCCAAGAAAGGUCCAGAUGGUUUGGCGAUACCCAAUAACUACUGUGACUUCUGCCUGGGAGACUCGGCCCUCAACCAGAAGACGGGCCAGUCAGAGGAGCUGCAGUCCUGCUCAGACUGUGGACGUUCAGGCCACCCAUCCUGCCUGCAGUUCACCCCCGUGAUGAUGGCUGCAGUGAAGACCUACCGCUGGCAGUGCAUCGAGUGCAAGUGCUGCAACAUAUGUGGCACCUCAGAGAAUGACGACCAGCUUCUGUUCUGUGAUGACUGUGAUAGAGGCUAUCACAUGUACUGUCUCAGCCCCCCUAUGACUGAACCUCCAGAAGGGAGCUGGAGCUGCCAUCUGUGUCUGGACCUAUUGAAAGACAAGGCGUCCAUAUACCAGACCCGUAAUGCCCCUCCGUCGUGAUGGACCCCCAUCCUCACACACACAACCCUCCAUCCACAGUGAGGUUCUCUCUCAGUGGUCAGCAGAGAGGAUGGGGUGGGACAGAUGACCUGUGAAAAGGGAAGUGUACCUUACCAGCCCCCUGCUGAAACACGCCUAGGUUUGGUUGUUAUAUGACUGUUACACAGUUCCAAGCUCAAGUAACCCAUAGGCUUUUGUUUUCAACUAUUUGUCAAUAUAUCAAACUCAAUGUGUCAAUACCCUGAACUUGACAAUACAUCAAGUAUGUUUCCUUAAAAGUGGCUUAAACCACAAACGCAGCUUUUACCAGCCAAAAUACCUGAACACAAAGUACACACAAUCUCACAUACAGACACACAUACAGUGCAUUCGGAAAGUAUUCAGACCCCUUCAAUCUUUCCACAUUUUGG